AUGCCAAGUCUCGUCCAGAAGCGGACACCGUCAAAUAUGAAUGAUCAUAGACUGGAGACGAGUCCGGCCAGUACCAACCAGUCCCUGUCCGAGAGCCUUCUGUCCAGUGUCUUGACUCGACCUGGUAAUGCCCUGGAUGUACUCUUCGAUGCUGCCAAUGCCCAGGCAACACAGGUUACUACCAGUAAACCUGAUAACGCGGCCCAACUUGGUGCCAAUGAAGUGGCCGAUACGUCUCCACAGGUGACUUACAGUCCCCCACAGUUCCAAGGCUCUACAAUCACUCGACUAUCAAUACCUAGCAACGAAACCCUUGACCUAUGGGACAAGUCACGUUUUGUUCGGCAAGGUCUAGUGACUGCUCAGGAGGUGGUCACUUAUCUGGAUCUAGUCAUGUUUGGACAAGAGAAGCUUUCCUCAGCCAGAACACGUGUCGUUGGAACUAUUGAGAGUUUCAUAUUGAUUAGUGACUGGCAUCCACGCUCGAUCCAUUUUCCGCCCGAUGCUGAAGGUUGGGACGUUUUAUUGAUACAGCCAGAGUACGACCGUGCCAAUCGUCUCGCAAACGAGGGUGACGCGCCAUUGAUUCGUUGGAAAGAAGAUGUGUUCGAUCCUGCCCGACGAGCCGAGCGCAUGUCUUGGAUGCUUCUAGGUGCAGCGACAAAUUUGGCCUACGAACUCGGGAUACUAACGGACGAUGGUGAUACAGCGUCCCCAAAUACUUCAGCAACUUCUCGAUAUGCUCGUGUCAGGCAGGUCUUAUCCGUGUACGUUCAAUAUCAGGCAUUAAGGUUGAGUUGCUCGUCGAUACUGCCCCAAAACAUAUCCCAAGCCGCCGUGAGCACCGGUUUGGAGUCUCCCAACGAUCCGAUCAAUAAAUCCUGGCAGGCCUUCAUGCAACUCUGGAUUGAUUUGACUCAGCUGAACAAGACGGCUGCUGCAAUGUUCUUCCAGUCCAAGGGACACACCAAGCAGCAAUUGCUGAAUGGACAUUACUUGAUCCUACUGCAGCACUUCUCUCCAUCCUUGACGGCUUGGUUCGAUAGGUUCAAUUCUGCAUCAGUCGUUCUUUCUGAUGCCUUUAGAGAUCUCCUCGUCAUUGAGUUCCACCAUCUAAAGCUAUAUACAGGAGCACUUUCGAUUCAAGCCGUGGUAGAGCGCGCUCUCGCAAGGGGCAUUAGCGCGACAGACAAAAGUCAAGCAGACGUCUUCAAGGCUUGUGUACUUACGCAAGAUUGGAAAUUCAUUCGAGACGUCGUAUCAGACAGCUGCAAGAUAUUGCGAAAAGCGACUGAUAUGGCACAAGAGGGUCGCCUCCGAUACACGCCCAUGCGGACACUUGUUUGCAUCACAACAGCAUCAGUACUCCUCCUCAAGGCUCUUACGUUAGGUCCGCAGCAUGGCGACUUGGCCACCUCUCUCAGCAUUCUCGAUGACAGCAUAGCAGCCCUGCGUUCCUCUGCCAUUGACGAUAUGGAUUUCUCACCUAGAUACGCCACGCUAAUGGAAAAGCAUGUGGCAAGAUUCCGGGCCAGCUACACGGUGCCACAUUCUCCUAACCGGUCCGAUGGUGCGCCCCAGGUGCCUGUACCGGUGACAGUACAGGACCCUCAGGAGAAGGACCGGGCGGACGAACAGACACUGCAAGAACCCUUAGUAGGGCUGAAUGAAGAGGAUGGAUACGGAGAGGAUUUUGCCAUGCUUGAUGCAUAUCAGUUUCCGAUCAACGAAAAUGAUUGGGCAACACGUCCUUUCGAUCCAAAUGUUGCCCCUUUUGGCGCAGCUGGCGAUCAUUUGUCCUUGGGCUUCGAGCUAGAUACAUUAGACUUUCUGUGGAACUUACCUGACCCAGCGUAA